AUGGCAUCGCCUAACAGAGCUCUGUUGAACACAGAAGAACCUGAAAACAUACCCUUAUCUAUCUAUCUAUCUAUCUAUCUAUCUAUCUAUCUAUCUAUCUUUUUCACUACCGGCAAUAAAUGUAAGAAUGCCUGGUCGCAGUCUAUCAAAGACCUUUUAGCCGAAACCCCCUUUUCUGUUUCAAUCAUCCAAACUGCCUUCUCUCUUUCAGUAGAGUUAAAAACCAAUUUUUAUUAUGAGGCAGAUCUUUACUUUCUCUUCAUAGAGUGGAUUGGCUUUGCUUUCUAUUCAAAUACACAAAGAAGAAAUAGAAGACACGAUCUCUCUCUCUCUCUCUCUCUCUCUCUCUCUCUCUCUCUCUCUCUCUCUCUCUCUCACUUCUGCUCCCUUUUCCUGCGAAGAUGUGACCAUAAGGAUUCUCGUCUCGACCAUGGGGGUCAGAUGUUAAAAGCAUAUUCACGCAUGCACGUACGUACGAAAUUUUCCAAACUACAUUAA